AUGGCGGGCUAUAUCUUCUACAACUAUAACCCCAAUAUGGUGGCAGCCGUCAUAUUUAUUGUUGUCUUCGGUCUUUCUGCAUUAUUACACACAUACCAGCUUGUUCGAUCACGAACAUGGUACUUUAUUCCGUUCUUGAUCGGAUGUCUUUUUGAGUGUGUAGGCUACGUCGGUCGAGCUCUAUCAGCGCAAGAAGCACCAGACUUCACCAAGAACCCCUACAUCAUUCAGUCUCUCCUCUUGCUGCUCGGUCCAGCUCUGCUCGCCGCAUCGAUUUACAUGGUACUCGGCCGUCUCAUUCGACUUCUCGAUGCUGGCGACCUUUCCAUUAUUAGCCCCAGAUGGUUGACCAAAGUCUUUGUUGCUGGAGAUGUCAUGUCCUUCCUUGCACAAAGUGCUGGUGGUGGUAUGCUUGCAACAUCGAAAACUAAGAGCGCCGUCAAGCGAGGUGAGAACAUCAUCGUCGGUGGCCUAGGCAUUCAGAUCAUUUUCUUCGGCUUCUUCAUGAUCGUCACUCUCGUCUUCCACCUCCGCAUCAUCCGCAACCCUACACAAAAGUCGCAAGAGAUCACAACGCCUUGGAAGAAGCUCCUCUUCGUGCUUUACUCAGCCAGUCUGUUCAUCAUGGUCCGAUCCGUCUUCCGUGUCGCCGAGUACGUCAUGGGCAAGGACAGUGAGCUCCAAUCGAAGGAGUACUUCCUCUACAUCUUCGAUGCUCUCCUCAUGAGUCUCGUUGUGGUUUCCCUCAACGUGUUCCAUCCCAGCCGCGUGAUCAACCAUGACAUGGACAGGAAGCGAAUCGUCAGCCAGGAUGGAUAUGCGCUGGAGAGCCAGCCCGUGGGCAGAGAUGACAGAGACCGACGUUACUCACUCUCACCUGUUCGUCCUAAGCAUGCCCAUUGA